CUCUGUGUUAGAGUACAGUGUUCAGUAAAGGAGUACUAUGAAGGAUUACUGUGGAGGGGAACAUCUUUAAAUAGCAUGUCCUUAUGUAGAGACACUGAAAGUCAUUUCUUUCCCACUCAACCAGUCUGGUCGUCUGUGAGCUGCCUGGGACUCAAAAUUCUGUUUCAUUGAUACCUGCCAGGGGAUUAACCAGGGAUGGUGUCAACUGAAGCUUUUUUCACCCCUUCAGGAUGGCCUCUAGGUGUUUCUCUCUAAUGCCAGUGGGUGUCGUUCUACUCUCAGAGCUGUGACUGACUGACUGCAAGAGAGACGGGAUGCCUAUACCCAUGUGAUAUCUGCCAUGGAGACCAGAGCUUGAUAUCUGGAUCUGAAGCUGAUAGACAGACAGACCAUGGAGCGUCUGGUUGUGUGUGUGCUGCUGUGUGUACUGCUGUGUGCGGUGCUGGUGAAGGGCUAUAACUGCCCUGGCCGCUGCAUCUGUCAGCACCUCUCCCCCACUCUGACUCUGCUCUGCGCUAAGACCGGUCUGCUGUUUGUACCUCCAACCAUCGACCGCAAGACCGUAGAGCUGCGUCUCACAGACAACUUCAUCACCAUUAUCCGCAGGAAAGACUUUUUCAACAUGACCAGCCUGGUCCACCUCACCCUGUCCCGUAACACCAUCAGCCAGAUCACGCCCAACGCCUUCCUGGGCCUGCGCUCUCUACGAGCCCUCCACAUGGAUGGCAACCGCCUCAGUGUCAUCAAGAGCGACCACUUCAAAGGCCUGGUCAACCUCCGCCACCUCAUACUGGGGAACAACCAGAUCCACCAUGUGGCCCCUACCUCCUUUGAUGAGUUUGUGUCAACCAUCGAGGACUUGGAUCUGUCCAACAACAACCUGAGGACCCUGCCCUGGGAGGAGAUAGGCAGGAUGAGCCACAUCAACACCCUCACCCUUGAUCACAACCUGAUUGAUCACAUUGGAGCUGGGACUUUCACGCUCCUCACCAAGCUGGUUCGUCUGGAUAUGACCUCCAACCGGCUGCAGAAGCUACCACCGGACAGCCUGUUUCAGCACGCCCAGGUGCUGUCAGACACCAAGGGCUCCAACCCAUCCUCCCUGGCGGUGAGCUUCGGGGGAAACCCUCUCCACUGUAACUGUGAGCUGCUGUGGCUCCGCAGACUGACCCGGGAGGACGACCUGGAGACCUGCGCCUCCCCGGAGCAUCUCAUGGACAAGUACUUCUGGUCCAUCCAGGAGGAGGAGUUCAUCUGCGAGCCCCCGCUCAUCACCAAACACAUAUCCACCAAGCCCUACGUCAUGGAGGGUCAGGGGGUCACCCUCAAGUGCAAAGCCAUGGGAGACCCAGACCCAGCCAUCCACUGGCGCUUCCCCGACGGCAAGCUAGUGCACAACAACUCCCGCACCAUCCUGUAUGACAACGGUACCUUGGACAUCCUCAUCACCACCUUAAAGGACAGUGGUGCCUUCAACUGUGUGGCCUCCAAUGCUGCCGGCAUCGCCACAGCUGCCGUGGAGAUCAACAUGAUCCCUCUGCCAUUGCUCGUCAACAACACAUUGCACCACAUGCGCGAGGCCGAUCGGGGCCUCUCUGACAUCACCACCUCCUCCAAGUCAGGCAACGACACCAAGGGCCAUGACAAGCACCAGGACAAGAGGGUGGUGGUGGCCGAGCUGACCUCCUCCUCGGCUGUGAUUCGCUGGCCCUCCGAGCGCCACAUCCCAGGCAUCAGGAUGUACCAGAUCCAGUACAACAGCACUGCAGAUGACACACUGGUUUACAGAAUGAUCCUGUCCACCAGUAAGACCUUCCUGAUCAACGACCUGGCGGCGGGCCGGGAGUAUGACCUGUGUGUCCUGGCGGUGUACGACGACGGCAUCACCUCUCUGACGGCCACGCGCGUGGUGGGCUGUGUCCAGUUCCACACGGCCAGCGAGGUCAGCCAGUGUCGCUUCAUCCACAGCCAGUUUCUGGGCGGCACCAUGAUAAUUAUCAUUGGCGGCAUCAUUGUGGCCUCAGUGCUGGUGUUUAUCAUCAUCCUCAUGAUCCGCUACAAGGCGCACAGCAGCCCCGAGGACAGCAAGGCCACGGUCAGCUCCAGCAUGCACUCCCAGACCAACGGCAGCCAGCACAGACUCCAGCGCUCCACCUCCAAGCAACCUGCUGAGGACAGCCACCAGAGAGAAGCCCUACCGAUGGCAGCCAAGGAGUGCAUGGCCCUGGUGCUAAAGGUGGACAGUGACAAGAGGGAGUGGGACACCCCUCCAACCACUAUGGCCAUCCUGGAAGUGGAGCUGCCCCCCCUGCCCACGGACAAGAUGAAGAGGACCAGCCUGGACGUCCAGUGCUCUGGAUCUGGCCCCCCAUCGGAGGACACACAGACAGACAGCAGCCUGACGGGCUCCACCAUGUCCUUGUGUCUCCUAGGCCCCAACGCCGGCACCAAGGAGGCCCCCAGGCUCAAGGACAAGAAGAGCGCCCUGGCCAACAUGGGGUUUAAUAAUGAGCUGGCACGAACUAGGCACAGGUUCAGCUUUGAUGGGGGAGACUACUCCAUAUUUCAGAGCCACAGUUACCCCCGCAGAGCGCGGACGAGGCGGCACAAGUCCACCAACCAGCUCAACGUGGAGUCCUCGCCGCUCGCCAACCGGAGAGUCACUUUUAGCAGCACUGAAUGGAUGCUGGAGAGCACAGUGUAAGAGAUGCAACCUGGCUUCUCUGGCUUGCUGUCACACACAUACUCACAGACACACACCAACAGUUUGACACAUACACAUGUACACAUCUAACAAAUAAAGUUACAUGCAUACACACACAGACUCUCAGAGAGAGUUGCUGGAGAAGAACAUAGUCUCCUUUCAUCCUGCCUCCCCUCAUACUCCCAGAGAGUUAUUGGUCAUUUCAUUAUUUUAUGCAGCAGUGCCUUAUUCUAAAAUAUGUACAAAUGGAGGAUGCUGCUCACUGUAGUUAUAAACCUUACUUUCUAUCAUGGUUUCCCCCUGUUUCAUGGGGAGUGUUGCUUAGAUUUUUUACAUGACAAGGGGUGGGGCAAAUGUGACAGUUUUCCAUUUAAUGUUAAAAAACAAACAUCACAGUGUAAAAUGAACAACCAGGUAUCCUGUAUGUUGAUCAUCCUUUGGGUUCUUUCAAAGACUUUUGCACACGAAGACACGACGAUACGAGGACAAGUAUCACACCAGUCUAUACAGUAAUAAAAAGAUUAUAGAACUAUACACAUGCCGAUUUCAAAUGUUAGCAUAGAGAGGAUGGACCUGAAAAACCUGUGGACUCCUCAAUGCUGGUUGGACUCAAUGAUAUUACUAGAUAUUGUUCCUGAUGUGACUGUAUGAUAUUAAUCGGUAUUGUAUCUGGCUGGUCUAGAUAAAAAGUUAACUAAAAAUGCAUAUAGAAGUAUAUUAAAAACAUUGGUGUAUGUGUACUAUGUAAGUAAGUCAUAUGUCACAACUUUUUACUGAGCAUUUGAGUGUUGGCCACAAGUUCUUACAUUAAAAACCUGUGUCAUCACACUUCUCCCUAUUUAGUAUGACAAGGUUUGGACCACUUAUCCCUCAUGAGAGGGUAUUAAAUUUUUUGUGUGGGUUAACUGUA